CUGGAGAGCAGCUUGGCCCAGCUCCUGCGAGCCUGGGAGAGCCACCACAGCCAGUUCGAGGAGUCGGAGGAGUUCCAGGCUCUGGUGAAGAGGCUCCCCGGGGACCGGUUCCUGAACAGGACGGCCAUCCACCAAUUCUCGAAGCUGCUCGCCAGGAAAACCCACCGACUCAUCCGGCGGCUCUUCAACCUCAGCAAACGCUGCCGCCGGCAACCUCGCUUCAAACUGCCGAAGGAGAGGUCCCUCCCUUACUGGUGGAGCCGCGCGCAGUCGCUCCUGUACUGCAGUGAGACCACCGUGCCUGGGACCUUCCUGGAAGAAAGCCACAGCUGCACAUGUCCCCCCGACCAGCCCUCCUGCCAGGGCUCCAUCCCAUGUGCCUUGGGCGAGGGGCCAGCCUGCGCCAGCUGCGCCGAGGACAACAGCACCCGCUGUGGGACCUGCAACCACGGCUACGUGCUGACCCAGGGCUUCUGCCGCCCGGAGGUGGCCGACUCGCUGGAGCAUUACCUGGGGCUGGAGACCGACCUGCAGGACUUGGAGCUCAAGUACCUCCUGCAGAAACGGGACAGCCGCAUCGAGGUGCACUCCAUCUUCAUCAGCAACGACAUGCGCCUGGGGAGCUGGUUCGACCCCUCCUGGAGGAAACGCAUGCUCUUGACCCUGAAGAGCAACAAGUACAAGCCAGGGCUGGUUCACGUGAUGUUGGCUCUCUCCUUGCAGAUCUGCCUCACCAAGAAUAGCACGCUGGAGCCUGUCAUGGCCAUCUACGUCAACCCCUUUGGGGGAAGCCACUCGGAGAGCUGGUUCAUGCCCGUCAAUGAGGGCAGCUUCCCAGACUGGGAAAGGACUACCGUAGAUGCCUCUGCCCAGUGCCAAAACUGGACACUCACCUUGGGCAACAAGUGGAAGACCUUCUUCGAAACAGUCCAUGUCUACUUGCGGAGCCGCAUCAAGUCUUUGGAUGACAGCUCCAAUGAGACAAUCUACUAUGAACCUUUGGAGAUGGCAGAUCCCUCCAAGAACCUGGGGUACAUGAAAAUCAACAGCUUGCAAGUCUUUGGCUACAGCCUGCCCUUUGAGCCAGAUGCUAUUCGUGACCUGAUCCUUCAGCUGGACUAUCCCUACACCCAGGGCUCCCAGGACUCGGCCAUGCUCCAGCUGUUGGAGAUCAGGGACCGGGUGAACAGGUUGUCACCCCCUGGCAAAACCCGCCUCGACCUCUUCACUUGUUUGCUCCGCCACAGGCUCAAGUUGGCCAACAACGAGGUGGCGAGGAUCCAGUCCUCCUUGAGGGCCUUCAAUGCCAAGCUGCCCAACGCGGUCGAGCAGGAGACAGGCAAGCUCUGCAGCUAA